UCGCCUAUUUUAGCGUUUUAUCUUCUUAAACGGCACAUCUGAUCGUAUUGGUGGUGUCUUUUCCCGAAAUACUGUUUUGGAAAUAGCCCAGCUACGGGGUUGUUUAUCUGUAGUAAGGGGAACUUGAAACCGUCCCUGCCCCAUGUCCUCGGUUGUUUUUCUUCUUUCGCCUGGAUUCUCCAUGUUGUUGGAGAAAAAGUGAGGGCUUUACCUAGACUAGAGGGGGCUAUGGAUAAAUAUACAAGCGAUAAAGUAAACCGAGACGCGAAGCCUAGAAAAUAGCAGAUAAGAAAAAACACAACAAAGUGUCAUGCCCCUCCCAUGUGGAAGAGAAUAGAAGGCGGGAAUAAAUAAAUAUCAAAAUAAUUUGUCGCUGUAGGUUUGAGAUUGUUUGCGCCAACGGAAAUUAUUCAUUUCAAGCCUCGCUAGCUUUUAAUGCCACUAAAUGCGGACCGACUGUUUGUCGCUGGAAAAGGUUGGUUGGACGUUGAGGGCUGUGCGUUUGUUAGAUGGAAAGUUCUAUCAUCACUCAAGUGCAGAGAGAGGAUACUCGGUUGUCUUCGAAAACAGAUCAGGUGAAUAAAAGUUCGCCUCAGAAACCUGGGAGUCGGAAUAUCUUCAAAAAGCUCAUCUGUUGCCUUCGAGCUCAAGAUGCCCAGCUGCCAACUUCACCUACCCAUGAUGCCUUGCUAGAGCCUGAGGACAAUGGGACCUUUGCCAAAAUACCAGGCGAGAGUCUGCUGCCAGCAGUGACCUCUCACGACCAGGGGAAGAUCUGUGUGGUCAUAGAUCUGGAUGAAACACUGGUGCACAGCUCCUUUAAGCCAAUAAGCAAUGCAGAUUUCAUUGUGCCUGUGGAGAUUGAGGGGACCACACACCAGGUGUAUGUGUUGAAGAGGCCGUACGUGGAUGAGUUUCUCCAGCGGAUGGGGGAACUGUUUGAAUGUGUUCUGUUCACUGCUAGCCUUGCUAAGGUUCCAGUACUGUCGUGGUUUGACGAUUCGGAGGACACCGAGCUGCUUCACCUCAUCCCAGUAUUUGAAGAGUUAAGCCAAGCUGAAGACGUCUACAGCAGACUCCAACAACUCAGGGCUCCAUAAUCCAUACGCUAAACCUCCAUGUUGAGUAGCACUGACUGCCAAUCAGACUCAAACAGCAACGCAAACGGUAAGCCAAGAGGAAAAAAAGAAACAGAGGCCAGAGCUUGCCUUUUGCAAUAACGAUUUACGAUUUUUAUAUUCCUUUUUUACUUUUCUAUUCAUUUUUUAAGUUUAUAAGGACAUGUGUUGGGAGAUUAAAACACUUGACAGGGUCUAAUCAAGUCCAGAAUGCGCAACAGUGAAGCUGAAGCCGCUGUAUUUUGUUACUCAGCUCCGCACAACUGACUUGAGGCCAGUCUCUCGCUCUCUCUAUGCAAGAUCUACCUGAACUCAACCUCACUUUUAUCAGCAUUUAUAAUCAUCUUCUUAGUGUAUUCCCAAUUCUAGCAAAGGCCAGAGAAAAUGAGAACUGGAUCACACGUCAUGCUAUGCAUUUUUUUUUUUCCAUAAAUGCAAAUGUGACACCAAGCACCCGUUCAUCCUUGAGUCUUAUUCAUUUAAGCAAGGCCUUGUUUACUUUUCUACGGUCACUGAGGUGACUAUCGUUUUUUAAAAACACUGUUAUAUGUGAAUUAUGACUACAUACAUACCUUGACACUUCCUGUAUUCAUCUUAAAGUGGCCUUAUCUCUGCUUCAAGUGUACUUGAUGGGAAGCAGAAUUAACACCACGGAAUGAACCAAAGAGAUUUAUCUAGUUCAGUCUCUCUGCUGUAUUUCUGCAGACAAUUUACUUGUGUGUUUUCUCAUCUUAUUUGUAUAUUUGGUCGAACUUGAAUUGAACUUGAAAUGUCCAUCUCUGAUGCAGAUCAGAUUCUCCAUCGUGUAUUAUUUAAAGACCAUCAUGUUUUUAUUAUGAGUUGUUUUUACUGUAGCACAAGCAUUUUAAAAAUGGCCAUGAUUUUUAUAGACACAACAAAGUGUUGCCUUUCUGUUCUAAAAUGUGCCCUGAUAAGGCCUGUGUUAUCAUAUUUUUGACUUUUGUAUUGAUGACAAUAAAUUUUUCUCUGUGCAACAUG